AUGACAAAAUUGGACACUCUCGAAUAUAUAGAUUUGUCAAGAAAUGAAAUUGUCGGAGAAAUUCCAAGCAUCAUUGGAGCAUUUGAAAGUCUCAGUUAUCUUGACUUGUCAAACAACUCCCUUCAAGGAGGCAUUCCGCAAUCUUUUGGGCACUUAAAAGGGUUAGAUACCUUAAAUCUUUCUUACAACAAUCUUUCUGGUGCAAUUCCUAUAUCCCUUGAGGCACUUCUAUAUCUCAAAAACUUGAAUUUAUCUUUCAACAAGCUAGUAGGAGAGAUUCCAUCCGGUGGUCCUUUUGUGAACUUCACGGCGAAAUCAUUUUCAGGAAAUAGUGGACUUUGUGGGAAUCCAAUUUUUGGAGUUCCACCUUGUCCAAUGAUUCCUACCUACCAACAAUCAAAGAUGAAAAAUAUUUUGAUCAAGUGUAUUCUUCCUGUGAUUGCGUCAAUUUUUACUGUGGUAAUGUUGGUUUAUUUGUUGAGAAGACUUCGGAAAAGUAACAUGGAGAUACCGACUUCACUUAAUGCAUUUCCUGCAUUGGAACAUAGAAUGAUAUCAUAUCAAGAACUUUGCCAAGGGACAAACAACUUUUGUGAAAGCAACUUGCUUGGAGUUGGAGGUUUUGGCUCUGUGUACAAAGGAAUACUUUUUGACAGGACAAUUGUUGCAGUAAAAGUUCUAAAUUUGCAAUUGUCAAGUGCUUUUAAAAGUUUUGAUACAGAAUGCAAGGUGUUACGUACAAUUCGACAUAGAAAUCUUGUUAAGGUCAUAACUACAUGCACUAAUCCCGAGUUUAGAGCUUUGGUGAUGGAAUACAUGUCGAAUGGCAACCUUGAAAAAUGGUUAUACUCUCAUAACUACUGCUUGGAUCUUCUACAAAGAAUAAAUAUUUUGGUUGAUGUUGCGUCAGCCUUAGACUAUCUCCACAACGAUCAAUUGGAAUCUAUAUUGCAUUGUGAUUUGAAGCCUACAAAUAUCCUUUUGGAUGAGAGCAUGGUUGCACAUGUGGGCGAUUUUGGCAUUGCAAAGAUUUUAUUCAAAAAUAAAGAUGCAACACACACCAAAACACUUGGUACCAUUGGCUACAUUGCACCAGAAUAUGGAUUUGAAGGGAAGGUAUCCAUCAAAACCGAUGUCUACAGCUAUGGCAUAACAUUGUUGGAGAUGAUCACGAGGAAGAAACCCACCGACGACAUGUUCAUUGGAGACUUUACUUUGAGACAAUUGGUAAAUGAAUCCAUUUCAAAUAGAAUGAUGGAAGUUGUGGACGAAGGUUUACUAAGAAUAGAAGAUGAAAGAGACACCAUUGCCUUGCAAAGUAUUCUUUCGUCAAUCUUGGACUUAGGCUUGAGGUGUUCUGAAGAAUUAUCAGAUGCAAGAAUGGAUAUCAAAGACGUGUUGGUCAAGCUUAAUAAAAUCAAGUCAACUUUUUUUGAGAACAUGAACAGGGUUACUAGACAUGAUAUUUAA